CUGAACAUGGGAGCCUCGCUUGCUGAACGCCUUGAAAGUAUAGCCAAUGAGAAGAAGUUGACUGUUCCCCAAGUGAAACGUCUCCUCAAGGCUGUCCUGACCAACGAGGAUGUUGUGGACGCGUUCAGACACUAUAUGGAUGGUCAACUGGCAUUACUUGAGCCGGAGACCGGUGAGCCGUCUUCUGCCACUCGGAGACAGGCCCAUCUCUUGGGCGUCGACCCGACGGCUCUCAGUCGUUGCUCUGAUGAUCCUGACAUCGAAAAUCCGAUUGUGCACCGGGUGCUAACAAGGUCAGUGGCGAAACAAAUUCGCUCCAAGGAUACGGGAAAGGCUAAACCAUCCAGAGGCGGCAAGACCCGAUGCACCCUUCAAGAUAUGGUAUUUCCCGAUGACGAUGAUGAUGUUGCUGCUGCCGCUGGUGACUCGAACACCGCCAAUGCUCCUGCCGCUACUGCUGCUGCUGCUGAUCAAUACGAUUCCGACUACCAGCCGACUGCCGCGGAUAUGGAAAUUCUACAGCUGGACAGACUGUACGACCGCUUGCCUGAUGAGCCUGAUGUCGGUCUCCUCUCCGCAGGGAGUGAGGAGGAGGAGGAGCAGGCAGAGGCGGAAACUAGCUUGGAGAUCCCGUUGCCGGCUGAUUCUUCCCGACUGAGCGGAGAGGAUGACGGUGGUGAUGAUGAUGUCGAUGGUGGAGGCAGCGGUCCUCGUCACCAUUACUUCACACGCUCAUGUAAAGGCAAGGCAUCAACUAAUGAGGACCUUUUGGACACACCGAUUUGGAUCCGAGAAGAGGUUGAGACUUUUGAUCCACUCUUGCAAGACGGUGACAAUAAGGAAAAAGGCGCAGCGGAUGAGACUGUCUGCCGCGAUGAUGAGACCCCAAACAAAGAGGACGUAGACAGGCCGCUUCAGACUGAGACCGUAUGCAUUUAUGAAAAGCCGUUACCACCCCAGAAAUCGAUACCGGGUAUGGAUGAGUCCUUCCCGACUGAUCCAGAGGAUAACAUCUACAGCAGCUUUCUACGUUCGCUCUUCUCGCCUGACGUCACCCCGCCUAAUGACAACUCUGAGAUGCCAGGAGAAUCCAAUAUUUUCCUCGGCCAAUCAAACUUUGGCGGGCUUGCUAGCCCUGACAAUUUUCUCGCCACUCCAGUCUUUCGACCUCAUGGCGAACGUUGGAAUACCGACGAAUUUGAUGACCCGGACUUCGAUGUUAUGGCAGAAAUCGACAAUGUCUGCAGCGAGGACCUUUUUGAUGAGUUGCGCAACGACAGGGCGGUCCGUGUUUCAAAGAUAGAAGCCAAAGUAGGCAUUUGA